GAUAAUGUUAAUGAAAAUAACAUUGUACUGAAUAGUGGUAAUGAAUUAUCUUCAACUAUUAAAAUUAUAAACUCAUUGAAAGAAAAUACUGUUGAAUCGUCUAAUAUGGAAUCAAAUUUUGAAAACGGCAAAAUCCAAUCACACAAUUCUAUUGAAAGCAAUGUGGACUUUAAUAACUUAGGUAUUUCUGAUGAUUUUUCUUUGGAUUUAAAUUGUGAAUUUCCGACUGAUCGUGGAAAGUUUCCUGACAUUAUUAAAAAUUCCAAUUUAAAAAGACAAAUAAUUUCGUUUGGUCCUUGUAAACCAAAUAUAAAAUUUCCGCUUAGUACCAGCAAAGACAGCAUAAACCGAAAAUUUUCUGUCGAAUAUUAUUUUACUACAAAUUUGUCCGGCCAAAAAAUACCUCGAGGCUGGCUCUGUUAUUCUAUUAUACUUGACAAAGUAUAUUGUGAAUCGUGUUGGUUGUUUGCGGAUAGAAAACAUUCUUAUUUCAAAUCAAAUUGGAUAAACGGAAUUGACGAUUGGCAACAUUUAACACUGAAAAUUAAUAAACACGAAUCAUCUAUUCAGCAUAUUGAAGCUGUUAAAUUACGUACAAUUUGGACAAAAAAUUUAACAAUAGAUCAAUCAAUAGAAAUUUUAAUAUCUAAAGAAGCUCAGAAAUGGAGGGAUAUUUUAACUCGUUUGAUAAAAAUAAUUUUAUUUUUAACAGGUGGAAACACUGCCCUUCGAGGCAAUGAAAGAAAAUUGUCUGAAACUAAUCCAUCUGAAGGAAAUUUUAUUCGGGCUGUUAGACUUCUUGCUGAGUUUGAUCCUGUGUUAAAUAGCUUACUACUCACUGAACAAUCACGAGUUAAAUAUUUGAGUUGGAAAAUUCAAAACGAAUUAAUUGAAAUAUUAGCUACUAACUUGCAACAGUUGAUAUGUGAAGAAAUCAGAUCAGCUCAAUGUUUCUCUAUCAUAAUUGAUUCUACGCAAGAUAUAACCAAGAUUGACCAAGUCAGUUUUAUUUUUCGGUACACAAUUGUUGAUUAUAAAGAAUCUAAGUUAGAAAUCAAAGAAUCAUUUUUAGGAUUUUACCCCUUAGAUAAACAUGAUGCUGAAGGACAUGUUAAUUUAAUUAAAGCAGUUUUAAAUACUCACAACUUGGAUAUUAGUAAAUGCAGGGGCCAAGGUUAUGAUGGUGCCUCUGUAAUGAGUGGUUGUUUCUCAGGUGUUCAAAAAAGAAUUUCAGACAUAAUUCCUAAUGCGUCAUUUGUUCAUUGUGCUGCUCACAAUUUAAAUCUUGUGUUAUCAGAUAUGGCAAAAAGCACACCAAAAAUGUUAAAUUUUUUUAACAUUGUUCAAGAUUUAUUUUUAUUUUUUAGCAGCAGUGCUCCUAGAUGGGCAACUUUGGCCUUAGGUGAUGAUAUUGCAAAAAUUGUAUUAAAAAAAGUGUGUACCACCCGAUGGGAGUCGAGACAUAAUGCAGUUUUUGCCCUGAAGUUUCGAUACAAAGAUGUAUUAAAAUCAUUAACAAGUAUAAUUUUAACUAGUGAUAAAAAAGAAGAAAAGAAUAGAGCUAAAGGUCUGAAAAAAAAGCUUGAAUCUUUUGAAUUUGUAUUAAUUCUUUUUAUAUGGGAACAAAUUUUAAGACCGUUUUAUUUAGUUUCCAAGAAAAUGCAAUCAAUUGAAACAAAUCUUCAUAUUGCAUGUGAAUAUUUACAAUCGGCUAUUACAUCCAUUAACAAUCUAAGAGAUAAUUACGAGUGUCUUGUUAAUUCAGCCACAGACUUGUGUAACAGUUGGGGCAUACCAGUCAAUAACAUUAAAAAACGAAAAGUAUUUUCUAAAACAUUUUUCGGUGAUUUAGAUGGAGAUAAACGAUAUGAUAUAGCACAAGAUAAUCUCAAAGUUAAAGUAUUUUUACCUGUCAUUGAUACAGCUUUAGUACAACUUAAAUAUCGUUUUCUAGGCUUACAAGAAGUUGUUGAUAAGUUUAACUUUUUACAACCACAAAAUAUGUUACAAUUCAGUGAAGAAAAUCUUGUUAAGGCAACAUAUGACUUUAUUAUAUUUUAUGAAAAAGAUAUAAGUUCAGAUUUUACAAGACAAGUAUUAUCAAUAAAAGAAAUAUUAACUGAAUCACUCUCAAAAAUCAAAACUAUUAAAGAACUAGCAAAAUGUAUUUUAGAAAAUGAUUUAGGAUCUCUGUACAAAGAUGUUUUAACGGCUUGUGUAAUUUUUACAUCAUUACCUGUCACAGUAGCAUCAGCAGAGCGUUCUUUUUCCAAGCUCAAAAUUAUAAAAAAUUAUUUGAGGAACUCUAUGGCACAAGAAAGACUUACAAAUAUCAGUAUACUAAAUAUUGAACGUAACAGAACUCAAGAUUUGAAUAUAAAUCAAGUAAUUGACAAUUUCGCCAACAAAAAAGCUCGAAAAAAGAACUUUUUAAAAUAAUAAUAUUUUAUUAACUUGUAAUUUAAAAUUAAUA